AUUUAACCCUAAAUGUAGAAACAGGCUACUUCGUCAAAAAUCGUCGCACGCGCAUAGUAUAAAACAGCUGGUAACACUGUUCAAUGCAUCAGUCUCACUUGAUUGCUGAGAGGAUAAACAUCAACAUUCAACAUGUACGCUAAACUGUUCAUCGUCUGCGCUUUGGCCGUGGUAGCGCUCGCCCGCGAGUACCCCGCUGGAGUCCACCCCGCCAUCUGCCCGAACUACCCCUUCUGCGAGCCGAACACCCUCGCACGGUUCACCCCAGACGGCAUGCCCAUACCUGAGUGGGUGUACAACCCAUCUAUCCUCCCUGUCGCACCAGCUGACCCUCACGCCGCCGCUGCCCGUGAAUAUCCCGCUGGAGUGAACCCCGCAUCUUGUCCCAACUACCCCUACUGCUGGUGAACAGUUGACCAUUGGCCGCCCCCCUGAUCCCAGAUUGUUAAUACCAGAUUUUCGAACGAAUCGUCACUUAAUUUUUUUUUAAUUGGCACAGGACUACAGACCAUACAACCACGUCAAUGUCACCUUGACUACGUCACUCUGACAGCUCAAAUCUCCCGCCACUUUUCGUUGAAAAUCUCCGUCUAUUAACAAUGCCACUGCCAUAAUAAUUCUAAAAUGUACAUACGCGUUUACGCAAAUAAGUCUGUAAAUGCUAAGCAUUUGGUUUUAUAAUAAAAUUUGUAAAAAGUGUAAAUAAACACAAUUACUUGUA